AUGUCUAAAAAGAAACUGAAGAAAUUAACUGGAAAGGAAGACUGUCUGGAUGGCCAUGAUGACAAAAACUCUGAAGACACAAGAACUUAUACACAUAUUAUGAAAGGAGAGACAGAAUUUCAGAGAUUCAAAAUAGAGAAAGAUGGGCAAGAGAAGAAGCAAGACCAAAGUUCUACCAUUUCUCAUGGCACUGAUAGAAGAUCCCAAGGAAAAUCUCAAAAUAGGAGCAAAUCCACAGACAAUUCUUUAAUCCAAGAUGAAAAGCAAAAGAGAAUAGUUAUCCAAUUUAAAGCCAAAGAAAUUAAACACAGGAAAAGUACACGCACUUCUGAUGUAGUGACUACUAGCAAAGAAACUUAUGAUAAAGGUUUUGAUGGUACAGAAGGAAAAAGACUCUGGCAUAGCUUUGCAGUUCAGAGGCACAAGGCGCUGAAGAAAAAGACAGAGGAAGCUGAACUCUGCAAACUAAAGUUAAAAGCAGAACAAACUAUGCUGGAAAAAUUUAAGUCAUAUGUGUAUGAUUCACGUGUACCACAUAAAAAGGCAGAUGGAUCAAAAAAACAGAGUGAAGAUGUCAGAAUUCCAAAAAAGUCAUCUAACACCUCUACAAGGCCUUUCACCAAGAAGCCAAAUACAUUAUCUAGGACUUGGGAAGAAGAAUAUGAAGAAGAAUAUAAGGAGUUUCGUAAGAAAGAACGGCAUGGGAAUAAACAUACAUCAUCACACUAUUCAACUGAAACACCGCGACGAUGGGACUCUUGUAAAUGGAAAAAACAGGAUUCUGAUACCAAUGAAGCUACUGGUAAUUUAGGGACUGAAGAAAGGGACUUUGAAGCCACAGCAUUAUGUUUUAAGCAGAAUGUUGAAGUACCAUGCACGUCUGACUCCUACCAAGAAGCUGAGACCAUAAAGUCUGUCCAAAAGAGCCUUGAAGUCUUUCCACCCCUUCAAAACAGUCAGAUCCCAGAAACAGACCAAGAGAUGCAGAUAGUUGAAGAUUUGCAUGUUGCUCGUGUUCAGAAGAGCAUGGCACUGUCUGUAGCACAGACUUGUGGAGAACUUACAAGUAUGGAAAUAGAUCUGCCAGAACAGGAUUUAAAUAUUUCUGCUGAGGCCUUCACUUCUGGUCUGAACAUAUUGGUCGUGAUUGACACAAAUAUAAUGAUUAGUCACCUUGAGUUUGUCAGAUCCCUGAAAUCUGAGGAUAUACCAGGUGUUGGCAAACUUGCAUUAAUAAUUCCCUGGGUCGUUCUACAAGAGUUGGACAACUUGAAGAAGGGGAAAAUGUUGCAGCAUGUUCGGGACAAAGCUAUCCCUGCAGUCCAGUUCAUCUACAUGUGUCUCAAAAAACAAGAUUCAAAAUUGUGGGGGCAAUCCAUGCAGCUUGCUUCUCAAAAACUGUAUGGCCUGAGUGACGAGAACAAUGAUGAUCGUGUUUUACAAUGUUGUCUUCAGUAUCAGAACCUCUUUCCUCAAGCUGUUGUCAUACUCUGCACGGAUGAUAAAAAUUUAUGUAGUAAAGCCAUUGUGAGUGAGGUCAAGGCAUUCUGCAAAGCUGAUCUGGUUACUGCUCUACAGAAUCUGAACGUAAACAGGCACCAGAACUGUGAUACAGAGUUGAAGAAAACAGAAGGAGGUGAUGUUGGUCCUACUGCACGAUUCCCAAAUAUACUUCCAGACCUUGAAAAGAACUUAGGAGAAGCUUUAUCUUGUAUUUUGGAGACUGAAAUGAAAAUUGCGUUUGGAAACCUAUGGAUGGAGAUACUGUAUCUGAAGCCACCAUGGACAUUAGCAAACUUGCUGAAGUGUUAUAAAAAACAUUGGAUGGCUGUUUUUGGUUAUGUUGUGCCAAGGAGUUUACUUUCAGCCAUUGAAUGUCUUGAUAAACACCUUUGUACAGGUAAACCAAUUGACACCUCAAUGGUAUGUAUUUUGCUCCAGGAAUCAAAAAAAAUACUCCAUGCUUUCAGCUCAAGGUCAGACUAUAAUGGUGUACUUCCUCAGGCUUAUGCUGAAGUGAAUAAGCUAUACCAAACAUUUACAGAGGUGAGGUCAGACAGUGAGCAGGAUUUAUCAGAAGACAUCAUGGUUCUUUCAGAAAAUGCUGUGUGUGAAAAAAUGGAAGCAAUGACACCAAAUCUGCAAAGCUCUGAAGAAAAAAAGCCACAUCCAAGCUUUCACGUAGCUCAGGAAAACAGACACCAGGAAAUCUGGUCAGUCCUUGAAGGUGUAUGGAAUACAAUAAACUUGUACAGUAUUGAAAUUUUCCAAAAGUUGGGCCCCAACACAGUAACUAUGACUGCAAAGUCUUCGUUUGAAGAAGCUUUUUUAGGUCUGCAGAAACUGUUGGCAGCUGUGAAUGAUAUCCAUGAAGGAAUUAGUAGAAUUUUGACCCCAGCCAGUAGUUUCCAGGAUAUUUGGACACUCUAUAACUUCCUCACAAGCAAUGAGAUAAAUAACAGCAUAAAAUUCACUGCUGAGGAGCUUUAUGACUGUGUUUCACAGGAGAUAUAUCGGGCGAGGUUGGAAGUUGGCUGUUGCCAGCUGGCGCAGCUGGAGCAGACAAUCGAGCAGUGCCAGGCGUCUGUUCACGCAGUGGCCAGAAGCAGGGGCUGGCUCUGACACCUGGGCCAGGCUUCGGGGUGGCUGCCUUCCUCCUGACCUUUGCCUUCUCCAAGCGAAGCCCAAUUCCACUGGUGUGCCUGAGGGAGAUACUCGAGGAGCUGACAUAAUCUGCCACCUUUUUCCUUAAUGGUGCUGUUUUAGAGUUGAAGGAAAAAAUCCGAACUACUUACAUAUGUUGGUUAAAUGUCAGAAUUUCUGCUGAGAAUAGGAAGCCAAUAGAAUUUUGCCUCAGGUGAGGAGCAGUGGAGUGGGGUACAGCAGCUGGGCAGGGCUGGUGUUCUCCAUUCCAGGUAUUUGCCAUAGGAGCUACAUCUGUUCAUGGCUGUACAGGAAAAUCUGUGUAAAGCUGCUGUUUUACUGACACUUUAGAAGUGACAAGGGUGGAGAAAAGACUAUAUUGUGACAGCUGGAGGCUGAGAGCAGCCCACUCAGGUGCUUGCUGCCCCCAGGGCCAGAACACCUGUGCAGUGUAUGUAUCCUGUCAUGAACAAUUUAAGGCUUAGAGAGGGUAUAGAAAGGGGUAAGAAGUGGAUUUUUUAAAGACCAAAAUAAAAAAGCCCCCCUCAUGCAGGUGUGUUUGUCCUGAACCUUUUUUUCAGGAGAGGUGUUUUUCUUUCAUUAAAAUAGUUACUUAGUCCCUGCAGAGCAGAACCUGCUUGCAGUGCUCUUUUGGAAAACACCCCUUCUGCUGCCAAGGCUGGGUGUUCCCUCCCGGGCUCUCCUCUCAGCUCCCUCCCUCUCUCUGAAUGUACUGGUAGUUGCUUUCUAAGCAUGCUUUAAGCCCACAACACUUUCUGAAAGCCACUCUCUGUGCUGCUAUGGCCUCUGAAGCUACCUCUGCCUUGUAUGUAUUUGUACAGAGAACAGAUGACUGGCAAAGUUCUAGAAGGGUUUAUUUUGGUAUUAACUUUUGGAUGUAUUUGUAAAAUCUUUAUUGUAAAAAUAUGAUUUAUUGCUACAGUAAAUGGCAGUUAAUUCUCUAUGGCUGUUGCUUGGAGUGGCUUUACUUCACCUUGUUACUGUGGAUGCAAGUUUAAUGCAGGCCUUUCUCCCAGAUGUGAGGAAGUCAGAGAAGGGGCCUGAAGUUACUGUCUGAGCAAAAUUAAUUUUAAGGGCUGUUUCCCUUCCAGGUAUGGGGUGAGUUUGUUAUACUCAAACAACUUCUCUUGGCAGUUUGUAUCCUAAAGGGGGGAAACUGGGUCAACUGAAGCAGAUGAUGUCUGUGUCCUUGCUCACAUCUGCUUUUGUGAGGCUUUAGGGAAGAGCUGCUGCAGAGUAACACAACUACUUCCU